GGUAGUUGUAGCAAAAGGAGCCUGAGAAACUAUUUGACAUUGGAUCCUGUUGGAAGUGUACGGGACACUGGGAAAGACUGUGAAUAUGUGGAUUGUACGCCAUCUGCUGGUUCUUCUUAUUCACCUGGUCCUCGGAAGCUUAGCGCAGCGAUUCUCCAAUGGCUAUUAUUAUCAGGACAUAGUUGGAAAUGGAAACAGCAACGGCAAUGGGGAGAUUUACUUACACAAGAUCCGUCUUCAUGUUGAAUCCCCGGAGACUCUGGUGUCCGCUGUUCAGGGCAGUAACGUGACGCUGCCGUGUCAUUACCGCUACGAGCCCGCGCUCAGUGCGCCCCGCAGGACGCGGGUCAAGUGGUUCUGGCAACCCGUGAACGGCGAAGGCCAGGAACAUGACGUCAUGGUUGCCAUCGGCACACGUCACCGGAGUUACGGAGACUUCAAAGGACGCGUGCGGCUCCGGCGUAGCGCUCCGGGCGACGCGUCUCUCGUCAUCAACCCGCUACAGUCCGACGAUACCGGCCGCUACCGGUGCGAAAUUAUAGAUGGUCUGGAGGACGAGAGCGUCACCAUGCAGCUGAAGUUUCGAGGUGUGGUGUUCCCCUAUUACUCCUCCAAGGGGCGCUAUUUGAUGAACUAUCACGAGGCAAAAGAAGCCUGUGAGAAGCAGGAUGCACACCUGGCCACCUUUGAACAGCUGUUUGCUGCUUGGGAAGAGGGGCUGGAUUGGUGUAACGCUGGAUGGCUCACUGACGGGACGGCUCAAUAUCCUGUCUCAGUGCCCCGAGUGGCCUGUGGAGGCACCAACAUGGCAGCUGGUGUAAGGAGCUAUGGCAUUCGAGACAAAGAUCUAGAUCGGUUUGAUGCCUUCUGCUUCACUGCAUCUAUAAGAGGUGAGGUCUACUUUCUGCAGCAUCCCAUUAAACUAAAUUUCAGUGAGGCGGUGGAGGCCUGUCAGACCGACGGAGGUCAUAUUGCUAAAGUUGGCCAGUUAUACGCCGCCUGGAGGUUUGUGGGAUUGGAUCAGUGCGACGCGGGCUGGUUGGCUGAUGGUAGUGUACGUUACCCGAUCGUUCACCCCAGGAUGAACUGUGGUACAUCAGAACCAGGAGUGCGCAGUUUUGGCUUUCCUCCCAAACAUUUAAAACAUGGCGUGUAUUGCUACAAAGUCCACUGGUAAACUCUAUAAUACAUGUAAUAUGUAUAAACACUUCUGUGGAAUGGGACAGUUUAGUACUUUUUCUACACUACUGAUAUUCGAAUCAUAUUAUUGUGUUUGUUACUGUAUGUGUCUUUAUUUGAUAUAGAUGUGUAUACAUAGAUGCCUCAUUAGGGUCUUUUAAAUGGGAUGCUAAAUAACAACAUAGGCUCAUUCUGAAAAUGUGGCCCUAUAUACAUUUCUGGAGAUCAUGAAUUAUGUAGCCAGAGCUACGUAUGACUGCAUAUCAUCUUUAAAACGAAUGAAAUGGGGCGGUAUGACUUCCUUUUCUCGCUUACCAGCAGACCUCUUACCUCCAUAUGGGAGAGGGGUCUGGAUGCAGACCUGGUGCAGUACAAUCUGAGCUGCAUCUAAUGCUUUUUAAUGGGCUAACCUAAGCCCACCUGUCACAGUGACAUCAUUCACUCUAUUGAGUGCCUUGCGUCUGACAUUGCAUUGCUGAGUGAUGCAAUUUCAGCUUGCAUCAUAAAGGCUGCAUCCUGAUACUAUUACCAUAUGGACGUUCUGCUGUUACCAGUUACCGGUAGCUUGACACGUACGUCGGCAGACUUGAGACGCAGAGCAGAGUCAACCAUGAUGACGGGGUUUGAGACUGGUGAAAAAUGGUUCCAGAAUGCAGGUGAGACAAAACCCAAAGAAUAAUUGGUCAGUCAGCAAGUCAGUGAGUCAACAGUGGCGCAAAUGGCACUCGUCAGAGGAAUUUGAGAUCUGAAAAAGCGUUCACAGCAGCCUCUGGUGGAUUCGUGAAAAAAAAAA